GACAGUAACAGGAGGCGUCUUCACCAGAGUCACUACAGAAGUUCUACACACAACUAUUUUGGACAGCUGUUGAACUACACGCGCGUACAAUCUAAACUCGAUGUGAACAUGCCGGGAAAGUUGUCUUACGAAGCCCAAAACUUUCUCUGAACUACAUUCAACUUUGAACGUUUUUUUCCAAGACGUUUUGCAUCGGACCAUCCGCAGCUUUUCAACUCCAGGACCUCUCCUGAUCCAUAGGACCGACCGUACAUCUGCGCUGAGGGAAUCCCAUUGCGAUUCGAGUGAUCAGUAGUGACACCAAUCAUGGGCAGCAAAACUCUUCCAGCCCCGGUUCCCCUCCACCCCUCUCUGCAGCUGGCCAACUACUCCUUCCUCCAGGCCUCCAAUGGCUUCCAGCUGCCCACGGACCAGGUCCCUGGCAUCUAUAGCUUCAGCGCCCUGCACGCCAUCCACCUCCACCAGUGGACCCUGGGAUACCCUCCCUUUGGGGUCCCCCGCUGUACUUUCUCCAAGCUCCCAGCCCUGAUGGACGGCCGCUUCCCCGGCUUGCCUUCCAUCCCUAUCUUCCCCCACCUGGUCCAGCACAAGGACCAGGCCACAGCAGCUACCGCUAUGAAUCUCCUUCAGGGCUCCAAGAACAAGCCCCAGCCACGCUUCGACUUCGCCAACCUGGCCACCGCCGCCACCCAGGAGGACCCGUUGAAGGCAGAGGACCUGAGCAUAACAGGGGCAGCCGCCGCCACUUCUCCUCGCCAUGGCGGGCUAGGCUGUCUCAUAGAUGUAGCCAAGCUGUCGUCGCCCGAGCGCAAGCCUAGCCGUGGUCGCCUUCCCUCCAAGACCAAGAAGGAGUUUGUGUGCAAGUUCUGCGGCCGCCACUUCACCAAGUCCUACAACCUGCUUAUCCACGAGCGGACGCACACGGACGAGAGGCCGUACACCUGUGACAUCUGCCACAAGGCUUUCCGGAGGCAGGACCACCUCCGAGACCACAGGUACAUCCAUUCCAAAGAGAAGCCCUUCAAGUGCCAGGAGUGUGGAAAGGGAUUUUGUCAGUCCAGAACUCUAGCUGUCCACAAAACGCUGCACAUGCAGGUGAAGGAACUAAAGCCAUCCAAGAUUAAGUGAUGUCAAUACAUAAAACAGAGACUAGGGGACACUGGAAACAAUAACGGUGAAGACUAUAAAGGAGAACAAGACAGAAUGACCAAAGACAGGGGACAUUGUGGGGCUGACCAAAGACAGGGGACAUUGUGGGGCUGACCAAAGACAGGGGGACAUUGUGGAGCUGACCAAAGACAGGGGACAUUGUGGAGCUGACCAAAGACAGGGGGACAUUGUGGAGCUGACCAAAGACAGGGGACAUUGUGGGGCUGACCAAAGACAGGGGGACAUUGUGGAACUGACCAAAGACAGGGGGACAUUGUGGAACUGACCAAAGACAGGGGGACAUUGUGGAACUGACCAAAGACAGGGGACAUUGUGGAACUGACCAAAGACAGGGGACAUUGUGGAACUGACCAAAGACAGGGGGACAUUGUGGAACUGACCAAAGACAGGGGACAUUGUGGAACUGACCAAAGACAGGGGGACAUUGUGGAACUGACCAAAGACAGGGGGACAUUGUGGAACUGACCAAAGACAGGGGACAUUGUGGAACUGACCAAAGACAGGGGGACAUUGUGGAACUGACCAAAGACAGGGGACAUUGUGGAGCUGACCAAAGACGGGGGGACAUUGUGGAACUGACCAAAGACAGGGGGACAUUGUGGAACUGACCAAAGACAGGGGUACAUUGUGGAACUGACCAAAGACAGGGGGACAUUGUGGAACUGACCAAAGACAGGAGACAUUGUGGAGCUUACUAAAGACGGGGGGACAUUGUGGAACUGACCAAAGACAGGGGACAUUGAGGAACUGACCAAAGACAGGGGACAUUGUGGAACUGACCAAAGACAGGGGGACAUUGUGGAACUGACCAAAGACAGGGGGACAUUGUGGAACUGACCAAAGACAGGGGACAUUGUGGAGCUGACUAAAGACAGGGGACAUUGUGGAGCUGACCAAAGACGGGGGGACAUUGUGGAACUGACCAAAGACAGGGGGACAUUGUGGAACUGACCAAAGACGGGGGGACAUUGUGGAACUGACCAAAUACAGGGGACAUUCUGGAGCUGACUAAAGACGGGGGGACAUUGUGGAACUGACCAAAGACAGGGGGACAUUGUGGAACUGACCAAAGACAGGGGGACAUUGUGGAACUGACCAAAUACAGGGGACAUUGUGGAACUGACCAAAGCCAGGGGACAUUGUGGAGCUGACCAAAGACAGGGGACAUUGUGGAACUGACCAAAGACAGGGGAGUUUGUAGAGCUGACCAAAGACAGGGGAGUUUAUGGAGCUGACCAAAGACAGGGGAGUUUAUGGAGCUGACCAAAGACAGGGGAGUUUAUGGAGCUGACCAAAGACAGGGGACAUUGUGGAGCUCAAGUGCCUGGAACAUAGAAUGAGUAGAACAUCUCUGAACUUGAACCAAAUUGAAGUUCUCUGAACAGAAGAAAAGUGAUAGAAAAGGUUAAAUGUUCACCAACAAUUCACCAGCCAAGGAAGGAAGCCGUUGUGCUCAUCGUGGGGAAUGAUUCUUCAGAGAGAUUUGAAAAUCCUGGAUCUCUAUGAUGUAUCCAGACAAUAUCCAGGAGCACCUUGUUCCAGAUCUAAGUUGUUUUUCCACAUUUAGUUAAGAGAUAAUUAUGCUUAAUGACUUUGAGGCAGUGUAUUGGUUGUCCAUGAAGCCCAAUGGGGCGAAUGGACCAUACAUCAUAGAUGUAUGGAAUGUGAUCUUGACCUCUCUGACAAAGUUGACCUCUCAGACAUUCCGAAAGACUCUUGCUUUUGAUCAAAAUGACAUUUUUUUAAAGGGACAUUUACGAGUCUAAAGCAGUCUUUGUUAAAAAACAAAACAAACAAAAAAAAACAACUAAAUUGGUUAAAGUCAUGUCAGCGUAAUGUUAUUCCACUUCCAAAGCUUACAUUCCAAUGUUACUUUUUUGUAUAAUUGUAUUUUUUGCACUUUAACCUGAUUAUUGAUUAUUUACAUAUAUCACUGGAUUCCUAAAACUUAUUUUGAGAAAAUAAAUAGUAAUUUUCUAAACAAAA